AAAAAUAAAAACAUUAAAGUUAUUUGCUGCAUUAGUUUUAGCCUUCAGUUCCCGAAAGAUGUAAGUUAACCUGGAAGCGACAAGUGAAAACUCGUUUCGUUGUAUAGCAUUUCUCAUAAGAGUACACAACAUUCAUUACAUUAUGGAGAAAAAGGGAAUUUGUGCGAUGGAUGGUGAAUGACAAACCUGAUUGCUUUCCCAUUGAAAUCAAACGUAUUUUGCUUUUGAAAUAUAGAAUCUGGCUUAACUUUUUGAAGAAAAAGAACAUGGCCAUGAACCUACGUUAUUAUGGAUCCUUCGUGACUGUCGAAACACUGAUUGGAGAGGUCGUGAUUUUAGCUACUGAGCAUUUAAAACUGUCAUGAUCACAAAUCUCCCAGAUUUACGAUAUAUAUUCUUUGCAAAUGAUUGCACGUAUUUAAAAUUUAUCUUUUAAUAUCUCGUACACGAUGAUGCACUACAUUUUAGAAAAAUUAGAAAGAAAAAGGGUAGUUUAUUAGGAAUGUAGUUACUACAUUUUGACCUAAAAUUAUUUUUCUUUUCUUGUUCUUUAACAAAAAAAAAAUAAAGAAGAAAACCCGAUUUUCUUUAAACCAAAAUAAAGAAAAAUCGAAAGGAUAAAUUGGGCUGAUCAGGAGGACAGUGUAGAGUGGUGGAGUUGCGUAAAACCCAACCCAAAGCCCAAAGUUCCCAAACCCAGAUAUGCUUUGAUACUACUAGAUACCUGCUGCUGCUAUCUAUCUAGCGAGUGUAUUUGCUCUCGUCUUCAAAAUUCUGGGCAAUCGUACCAAUAGAGCUACAAUGGCGGUGCUCAUUACGCUGUCUUUCGCCGGAGCUGGCCCCGGCUACCGAUUCGAUGCCCUCCAGAAACUGGGUCGACUUGAACCGAAGCUCUGUCAAAGUUCCACCAAGCCUUUUUCUCAUAAAUGGUUCCACUGCAAGUGUUUUUGGCAAGAACCCAGAAGCAAGAACCUAACGUUGAAGUCAAGGGAAUUGCGAACAUUGCGUUUGGCUCGUGGGAAAGAAGCUGAAGAUAGUUUCGCUUCGAAUGUAAGUGAAGAUACCGACGAUAUGUUUGACGACUUGUUUGAUAGAUAUGGAAAAGUGGUAUAUCAAAGCAACGACAGGAUGUCUCCUAGCACAGAGCUUGAUGACGAUGCUGAAAGCUUAUCAUUUGCUGUAGAAGUGGCCAGUGUUGCAAAUGAUGUAAAAGCAGGAGAUAUAAAGGUCCUAUUUGUGAAGCCUCUUGUGUAUUGGACUCGAUUUUUUAUUAUUGCCACAGCAUUUUCUCGUCCGCAAAUUGACGCAAUUGGGUCCAGGAUAAGAGAUCUGGCAGAGACAAAGUAUGGAAGAGUUCCAUCUGGGGACUCAAAACCCAACUCAUGGACCCUGUUGGACUUUGGUGAUGUUGUUAUUCAUAUAUUUCUUCCGCCACAGCGAGCUUUCUACAACUUGGAAGAAUUCUAUGCUAAUGCUACGCCCGUUGAAUUGCCUUUUGAAAACCAGCCACCAUUUCGAGGCUGAGAAAGGCCUUUAAUUUGCCCGACAAAUCAAACUGAGUGCUAAUGGGUGCAUUGGAUGGCUGGCUAGAGCGGCUCUUUGAACCUCUGCCAGUUUUGGACUCUUGUUCUACUGUCUCAUUUGCAGAGUGACAGAAUGGUACUGAACACUGUUUCUGGGCCAGCCUGAUAUUACUUUGGAUGCCAAUUAUGAGAGGAGCAAUAGGCACGGUAUAAUUGUGCAAGCAUCAAUGCGACUUUACAUUCUAGUUAUGGUUCUAAGGAGUACUUCUGUUUCCUCGGGGCUUCGGAAAGGCCCGAGGCUUGUAUAUGUAAUUGACCAUGUUAAGAAUCUUGAAACACUGCUAGUCAGUGUCAUUUUACAUAUUUAUUUACGGUGAUAUAUAAGUAGCAUUUUCAUCUA